AUGCACAGUCGUGUACAUACAUUUACAAUAACGGCUGUGGAUAAAGUAAACGCAACAACCAUUAAUAUUGCAUCUCUUUCUAUCGACCACGGCAUUACAUGUAUAGAGGAGGAGGGAGUUGUGCUCCAGGACCACACCAACUUCGCAGUUUUCUUCCUUGCACUUCAUCGCCUCAACGGCGAUCGGAGCGAAGAGCAUCGAAAGGUUGGCGGAGAACGAAGCUCGCCUGGGCGGGAACGCCAACGUGGGGCGUCCGACGCGUUUUGGCGCAGACUGCCGGUCAGGCUAGCUGACGGCUCUGCCGAUACUUUGGUGUCGGCGUGGUAUCGGCACCUCGCUCACACGGUGGGUGGCGACUGA